AAGAAGAAGAAGAUUCGAAACAAAUGAUUCGUAAAGGUUUCGAAGCCUCACGAAGCAGUGUUUUGAAAGCGACCAUCAGUAGGUUGUUUUAGCAGCACGCAUUUUAUGUCCCACUUAUCUUCCAAUUUGCGUUUCGUCACUCACUUAAAUCAUAUGGUUAAUGUUUAUUUCUAUGCGUAUUGUGCCAAAAUGGCUGUAUGGUGUGUUUUCGCAAUACGCCAGCAGUAAGAUUAGUUAUUAGCUUGGUAGAAAGUGCAAUGGGUUUAAAGUGCAAUCUGUUAUAAAACAAAAACGGUUCUGUGUUAUGUCAAGACUAUUGUUCGCCGCAGUGAAGGGGCAACUACCACCGGGUCCAUUGGCUUUGAAAUUCUGGAGAGUGCAAGGACAAAUCAGGAUGUUGUCAUCACUUCCAGUAGCAGCAGUUUGUCAAAUGACUUCCACCCCAGACAAAGAAGCCAACUUUACAGCAUGUAGGCGAUUGGUUGAGCAGGCUAAAGAGGGUGGAGCAAGUAUGGUCUUUCUGCCUGAAGGCUUUGAUUAUAUUGGCUCAAGCCGAGAGGAGACACUACAGCUUUCGGAGAGCCUUGAUGGUGACAUCAUAACCCGCUACACUCACCUGGCCAAAAAACUGGAUGUGUGGUUAUCUUUGGGUGGAUUCCAUGAAAGAGGUCAUGACUGGAAAACUGACCAAAGAAUUUACAACAGCCAUAUUAUAAUAAACGGACAAGGUACAAUUGUGUCUGUGUACAGAAAGGGACACUUGUUUGAUGUUGAGUUAACAAGUAAAGGUGUGUCCCUUAAAGAGAGCGCUUUCACUAUACCUGGACCCCGCCUAGUCCCUCCAGUACAGACACCCAUUGGAAAGGUUGGCCUUGGUGUCUGCUAUGAUCUGCGUUUUCCUGAGCUGUCGACAGCCCUGCAGAGACAGGGUGCAGAAAUCCUUACAUACCCUUCAGCCUUCACUGUUGCAACAGGGACUGCACACUGGGAGGUGCUUCUUCGAGCCAGAGCAAUCGAGACACAGUGUUUUGUUAUUGCUGCUGCACAGGUUGGGGUUCAUCAUGCCAAGAGGACGUCUUAUGGACAUGCUCUAGCUGUGGAUCCAUGGGGCGUGGUGCUCGGGGACUGUGGGGGAUCUGAUGUAGGCAUAGCUAUGGUUCAGAUUGACCUGCAGGGACUACAUAAUGUCAGGAGAGACAUGCCGGUACAACAGCAUCGAAGAGCAAAGGAGUAUUACUGCAGCUUGGAUUAAAUUGACUGUACAUAAUACACUGAAAAAAUUAUAAAAUCA